AUGGCGUCGCCCGUGCUCCGGUCGCCGGACCUCGUUGCGAUCAUCGUCGCAUAUCAAGACGGACUACCCGAAGACUUGGCCAUCGUCCAGCGCCUCGCCGACGCUAUCGAACGCACGCUGUCUUCGUAUAGCUACCCUUUGAGCUCCUCACAUCACGUCCACGUCCCUGCUCGGUUUGCAUCAUCGCCUUACCUCCAGCGAUACCCACACCCGGGGACCACACUGCCCUACGUAGCGCUCUGUGUCUCGCCGCACUCGUGCAACCCCGCCCUCGCGCUUCAUCUCUCGGUUGUCGAAGGUGACGUGGCGCUUGUCCAGCGUUGGCUGCGAUGGGAUUCAUCACGGUGUACGUCGGCGACGCUCGAGCUUGCUGCUGCCGCGUCCCAAGGUCCGAUUCUGCGUCUUCUUUUCGAGCAGUUUCCAGCGCUAGCCACUGCAAAGAUGAUGGACCUUGUCGCCAUGUCGGGCGAUCUCGAGCUUUUGAUAUGGCUUCACGAGGCGGGUGUGGCGUGCACCACUGACGCGAUGGACGGCGCAGCCAUGAACGGUCACUAUGACAUCGUUGUUUUUCUGCACUCUGCACGGACCGAGGGCUGCACCUUCAAGGCGGCAACGGCAGCAACCGUCCACGGUCACGCGUCGAUCGUUCGCUUUCUUCUCGAGCAGCGCACCGAAGGCGUCAACCCAUCGCUGUGGUUUAAACGACCACAUCACGAGCACAAAACGCACAGUGUACGAGGCGAGACGCACCUCGAAGCUGUCGAUCUCGUUGCAGCAAGAGUCGAGUUGACGGACGCGGCGCUCGUAGCUCUCGUGGAGAACGCGGGUCUGGCGGCGCUGCAGCACGUCUACUCGCGGGGGUAUCUCAAGAGAAUGACCACGAAAUUGCUCGAGCUGUCCGUUUUCAACCAAGACCACGAAAUGCUGCGUUACGUCCUCGACGGCAUCGACCGCGAACAUCCGCGACCACGAAGCGACGACGAGUGGCUACCCCACGACGCUGACAGGUGUUUUUGGUUUGACAAAUGGACCAACUGCCAGGUGAUGGAUUUUGCGGCCUUCAACGGUGACAUGACGUCGCUCGAGCUCUUGCACGCGAGCCGCCUUCGCGUCGGGUCGGAGCGAGCCAUCGUCUACGCCGCCUACGGUGGUCACCUGCACGUGCUUAAUUGGUUGCACAAGAACCGACGCGAUGGGUGUGGCGAAGACGCCAUGGCGCUUGCUGCAGCCCGCGGUCACUUUGACGCUGUGCGCUGGCUCCACGAAGUCUACGGGCUGUGUCGAACCCACGCCGCCUUGGCGACGGCAGCCUACACAGGUCAUCUCGCGAUGGUGACGUACCUCUUGGACGUACCGACAGGUGACUCGGGACCCCAGGGCGACGCCAAGAUAUGCCCGGAUCGGCGCUGCACGCUGCCGUUGCCUCGGCAAGAUGACCUUGGCCCUUCAAGUGGGGACUACGUCACGGGGUCGCCGGCGUACUGGGCAGCGAGCCAAGACCACCUCGACAUCCUGGAGCUGCUUGUUGCCCGCGGCCAUGCCCUACCGCCAAAUGCAAUCAAUCAAGCCGUGGCGGAUGGCCAUUUGCGCAUCGUGCGCUACCUCCACGAGGGUUUCGGCCAGCGUCCUACCGGCCACCAACCCACGUUAUCUGCUGUUCGGAAGCGCCAUGUCGACGUGGUCGCCUACGUCUUGUCGUAUGGCUUGUGGCAAACGUGCACGUGCGCGGACGAGCACACGUGCGAUCUGAUGGCACUGCUUUCAGAGACUGCACGCAGUGGAAGCCUGGACAUCUUGCAUCUCGUUUGCGAUACGUUCCAACUACAAUCGCAACUGUCACCGAUUGUCGCGGAGCGCAUGAUGGUGUGCGCGGCGGCGAGCGGGCAUUUCGAGAUGGUCCGGCAUUUGCACCACACCUGCGGC